CCCAACGCUGAUGACAUCAUAAAUAUAGGUAUGCGUUCCAACUGAGAGAGAGCAACAGCACACGCUCUGGUUCCCGAUCACGCUCUCGAUCUCACUCUCGAUCACGCUCUCUCUGCUCUUUCGCUCUGCUCUGGUUUUGUGUUUUGUCUGACCCGCCAGUUACAAUGGAGACGCAGACGUUGCAGAUCAAACUGCUGCCGGCACAGACGGCCGAGGAGCGUGCGCGCAACAUCAUAGCCAAUGUGGUGGUCGAGGGUCAUCAGGCAUCGCUGGUGCCCUACAUGGAUGAGCAUGAGCAUGAGCCUGAGCAUGAGAAGAUUACGCUACUCACACAGUUAGAUGCUACACCUGCUCCCGCGGAGCCACGAUUGCGCUACUAUUCGGCAGGACCAUCCACAUAUAAGCUGCUCUGUCCGUUGUGCCGUGAGAGAAGCGAUGCGGCAGUGAUGCGUGCUGCCGGCUGCAAGGAUGUCAGCUGCUGCCUCAGUCUGCUCUCCUGCGUUAUCCCCAUCUUUUGGAUAUGCUGCGUUUGCACCUGGUGCGGCUGCAAUCGCGAGUGGACCAACAAGGGCGUCUAUUGCAGCCAUUGCGGUGGUAAACUGGGCAUCCAGAGCAAGUCCGAUUAAUUAAAUCAAAUAAAUGUCACGCAUACGUUUUUGUGAAUUAACUCUGAGUUUUGGUUUGUCCACAAGUUAAGAAUAUAAUUUAUUUUAUUUAUUUAUUAA